CGCACAUUGACUGGUCCAGGGCCCCAGUGUGCAACCGGAGGCUUCACAGCCACUGAGAGACUGGGGUCAGAGGCCAGAGGCAAACUCAGACUCUCAGCUGGAACAGUUAGUGUUACAUUCACCUGCACCACACUAGAGGCUUUUCUACAUACUGCAAGGAAUGUCCUGACUGUGGGAUGAUGUACAGAUAUCAAGAAUGGAGUAAUGGAAUUCACAAUUUCAAUGACCAUAUACUCCUUACCCUUCAUUUGUGUAUUGUACUACGUGGAUCACUUCAGACUCACCAUUCUGUAAGCCGAGCAAUUGAAGUCAUUGAGCAAACAGAAAACAAGACCCUCCCUAGAAAAGCCACAAUACUUCAUGCCUAUAUGCACUUUGAAGCCAUGACUUCACACGACUACUUAUAUACUUGUUACAAAUGUGGAUACUAUCCACCAGUGGUGGUCAUGGACCUUCACAGAAAAGGUGUAUUCAAUAUGCCUGUAAGUGAAAUGGAGGCUCCACCAGCACACUUUGAUGGCACUGUUAAUAUUAAACAAUUUUGGGACUCUGUGACGGCUGAAAUUGUUUGCAGCGGAUUUCUUACCUGUGGUCGACAGAACCCGUUUGUGGUUGUUCCAAGUUAUAACAACUGGGCUCCUUGGAUUGGACCAAAAACCAGAAGGGAUGAGACAGUUUUAAACACAGAACAUGAAAAGCUUCAUGCACCAAGACAGGCUACUGAAAUGGCAGAUCUCCAGAUGACAGAGGAGAGACUUCAAGAUGCACUAAUUAAUCUCAAGGUGGACAUGGUUCGAAAACUGUGCAAGCAAUGUGGCUUGGACUCAAAAGGCUCAAAAACAGACCUCAUCCUAAAACUGCGGGAUGAAAUGAAGAACAGGUCAUCUUAUGAUAAGAUCUUUGAGAAGGUCUGGGGAGCUUCAGGUGGUUGGGCAGCUGUUAUGUGCCCCUGUGCAGUGGUGUACUCCAUAAAAUUUAACUUAAGAGCAGAGAGUCCCAGAGACUAUGCUGACAUGUUACUUAGCUGGAAGCACUUUCCAAACAUAGCCAUAUACGACUUUGCAAGAGGACUGGCAACACAUACUAACUUGAGGGAGCCUGAAAAAAUGCCAUUUAGCCCACACGAGGGCCGACUGGCUGAAGCAACCACAGACAAUCUACAGCUGGCUGGUGAGGGAAAGCUAAAGGUCAGUUUACCUUGGCUCAAAACAAAGAAAACAGAUUCAGACACAAACUGCCACCCGAUCACUGGGUCAUCUGACCACUACACCCUAUAUGACAUUUUCCAUGAGAGGAAUACAAAGGAUGCUCGAGAUGCCCUUCGGAGGAUUGGACUUGUCCCAGAACUGGCUGGCUGGGUUAACAGCCAGUGUGCUGAGCAGUUAUUUGCAGACAUGAGGAAGAACAAUUAUUUUUUGAAUACCCUCACACCCUCUCAGCACAUCUUUAUGAUGCGGAACAUACUACAACACUACAACACAAAUUGCAACAUUAAAACUAAAGCCAGCAUCCAGAAAGUAGUAGGCAAAGAUGUUCAGUUGCAGUUGGAUCACAACGGUCAGAUAGUAAUGGGAAAAGCUGCACAGAUACCAACUGAAGCAGGUGAACCAAUACAAUACAUUCAAAGUGCAAUGACAAGCCAGACAGAUGAACAAGCAAGCAGGAGGAUAUGGGAUGUUGACUAUCUCCCAGCAGAACAGAAUUCGCUGGCUUAUGUCUUGGAUAGAGCCAAAGAUCCAAGUGAGGAUUUACUUCAGCUGAGCCCAGUCCAAACAUUAAAGAGAAGUGACUUUUGGUCUUUGGCCUUUGAUGAGUUAGAGGCAACGAUUGCUAAUCAGUGCUUUCAGCUCAUAGCUACACUUGCAGCUUCACAGGGCAAAGAUGUGUUUGCUGUCAACAGUUAUGUGGUGGUCACGUGGUUGCCUCCAUAUAACAAUGAUCCUCUGCCAGCUUUACCUGAUGAUGCUGCAACCAAGGACUUUAUUUUACUUCCCUCAUUGGAGUCAGGGCAUUGGAUUAUAUGUAUCCUCAAGCCAAAGUCAAGAGAGAUUUUAUUUUUUGACUCCAUGAAUCCUAGAGACUUUGGACAUCGGAGCUACAUUCAGAUUUUCAGAAAACUGGCAAGUCACAUUUCUCCUGGCCAUUGGAACAUCUCUGUACUGGCAGAUUUUGAGGGUGCGCCUCUUCAGCUUGGCGGAAUUGAUUGUGGGGUAUUCAUCUUGAUGUAUGCACUCCAUGUUACGCUCUUAAAGCCAUUUGAUUUUGCUGCGUCUGACAUGCCUAAAAUCAGGAAGUGGUGGUGCUAUCAGUUAAUUCAGACAUUUCCUCUGACAAGUCAAUUCCAACAACUAGUCACCCAGGAACAAGAACUGCCAAAUCCAGAUGACGUGGAAGUCAGUCCACCUGAGUCAGAUAUGAUGAAGAUCACCCCAACACCAGGAUUCUACGACUCAGCAGUAAUGAAAAACAUAUUGCUGACCUGUAAGUGGAUGGAGGAGAACCAACACCAUUUUGCUGGGAAGAUUCAACUGCCAAAGAUCUUAAGGAUGAAGGAGAAAGAUGCCUUGUUGGCUAUCACAAUGCGAGACUUGUUCGUAAGCACCAUGUUUUAUGAAGGUGAAAUGGAUGGAGAACAAAUUCUGGCUCCCUUCUUUUUCAUUUUUCAGAGGUUAGAGGACAUGGAAAUUUUCUUGCAGGAAAUAAGAGACAAAAGAAAUAUCCGUGUGUCUUGUUUACACAACCCUCACUUGUGAAUUUACCAGUGGGGUACUACAAUGUAAAUAUUUUAUUUUUGUUUUGUAAAAUUUUAUACAUUUUUUGUGUGAAAACCACAAAGAAACGCCAACUGAGCCGAGGUUCCAGCGACCCAGCACCCUUCUUGCUGUGAGGCGACAGCACUACCUACUGCGCCACUGCGUCGCCCUGUUCUUGAAAAAUAUGUAUUAUUUUAUAUCUUGUUAUACCAUUAAAAUUGUGUGAAGUGUUGUGUUUUUGAAA